CCGCGCACUCCUUCACUUGGAAUUUUUUUUAAUGAUAAUUUACUCCCAAUAAUCGGGAAAUUUUAUAUUUCUUUUAAAUUUAAAUAAAGUUAUUCAGAAAAAGAAAAAUGGCAGGCAUCGGGGAAGAAAAUCACAAAAAGCGAAAGCUGCCACAGGUCUCCGAGAUCGAAAUUGAUGUCUCUGCGCCUGAGCCUCCAUCGAAGAAGGCUCUGCGUAAAGCUAAGAAAAAGGCAGCUGAACCCACUGAAUCGGAGCCCAGCACCCAGGCCAAACCAGAAGCUCCAGCGGAGACCCCAACAGCCCCUCAAAAGCGCUCAGAUUACGGCAUUUGGAUUGGAAACCUCGCAUUCUCCGUGUCCAAGGAUGACCUCCGCCGAUUCUUCACAAGCAAUUGCUCCUUUGCAGAAACGACAAUAACCCGAGUCCACAUGCCCAAGCCUUCCGACAAGAAUCCAAGAAUUCACAACAAGGGAUUUGCUUACGUCGAUUUCUCCAAUCUCAAUGCGGUCAAGGAGGCAAUGGGGCUCAGCGAGCAGCUUCUUUCCGGACGCCGCGUGCUGAUCAAGGAUGCGAAGAACUAUGAAGGUCGACCAGAGAAGUCACAGGGGGAGGGUCAGAACAAUGGCUCUGCCUCAUCAACAGCAGCGUCCGGUCGUCCCCCCUCCAAACGUGUAUUUGUGGGUAACCUGGGCUUCGAUGCGACCAAGGAAGUCAUCGAAGAACAUUUUGCCAAAUGUGGAACAGUUACCAAUGUGCACGUAGCGACUUUUCAAGACUCCGGAAAAUGCAAGGGCUACGCUUGGGUGGAGUUUGAAGAGCUUGCAGCCGCAGAAGCAGCGGUGAGAGGGUUCAAAAUGGUUGCGGAAGAGGAGGAGGAAGAGGAGGAAGGUGAUUCAGAUCAGGAGUCUAAUAAGGCUAAGAAACCUCAAAAACCAAGGCAGAGAAGGGUAUGGGUAAACCAACUUCUGGGUCGCCGAAUGCGAAUGGAAUUCGCCGAAGACGCAACCACUCGGUAUAAGAAGCGGUUCGGCAAGGAUGGCGAGGGCAAGAAGGAGGUGUCGAGCGAUGGUGUCGCUGAACCUGCAGCCAUCGAAGAGGCUGGUGCUGAAGAAAAGCCUCACCAUACGCGAUCCAAGGCCAGGAAUUCAAAGCCUGAGUACUCGAGAUACGAUGAAGGAACGGUGCAGAAGCUCAGUGGUGCCAUUGUUGAGGCCCAGGGACAGAAGAUCACCUUCGACUGAAUGGGGAUAAGAGGACAACAACUCGUGAAGUCAAGCUCUGCCUCGUGGAACUCCUACCGAAAGACAUCCUGAACCCGUACCGCCAGGGAAUUGACACACCAGGCCAAGUGGUAGUUAUUCUUUCGCCUGAUGGAAAUCUAGUGCCGUGGGAGAUGAUGUUUGCUACCCCAGCCUGCAGGAAUGAAACCGUCCAUACCUAGUAUGAUACGAGAAUUGACGUGGCAUGACUCUCAGGCACUGAUACCCAGUAUAUAAAGUAUAGG